AUUUGUACAAAGCCAUAUACACUGAGGCUCCAUCACUCUCUACACUUAAACAGUCCCGGAAAUAAAACAGGAUGAGAGCAACAGCGUUACUUCUGAUUGCGAUGUUUGUAUUGUCUGCCAGAGCUUUGGAAAAGAAAUGCGAUAAAUUGAGCAUGAAAGAGCUUCUUGAAAUUAUAAAACAACGUUUUGAAGAAAUAAAACAGAGAGCAAAUGAACACAAAUGUAAAUGCAGUGGUACUGAUCACAAAAAGAAUGUUGCAUUUCAUGUUAACCUCGGAUCAGACAUAAAAAAUUUGAAACCAAGAGCGGUUGUAAUGUUCGACCAAGUCGUUCUGAACAUGGGAAAGGCUUACAACCCAUCAAACGGAUUGUUUACUUGUCCUGAUGAUGGUGUAUAUAGUUUUACUUGGACUGCAUUGACGUCACCUAAUACCAGUUUUGAGAGUGAUUUUGUAGUCAAUGGUAAAGUUGUUGCAGGAAAUCGUGCCAGCGCUUACAACGACAAGGAGUAUCAACCUGCAACUAAAACCGUAGUAGUAAAACUCAAGAAAGGCGACGUAGCCAAUGUGGCAGCGCAUGGUCAUUCUGCAAAGCACAUGUAUCCAUUUUGGUCAUCUUACUCGGGUUUUAGGGUUUUCUAAUAAAUUAUAUAUAACAGUGUU